AUGGUUGUUUCAGGAACUUUAGGUAUAUCAAAUGCUUAUAAUGGGACAAAGUUAUAUAUCAAGCAUAACAUAAAAGAGGUUAUUGAUUACAAGAAUAAGAUAAAUAUGAAUGAUGCAGGUAUAAGUCGAGUAUUAAGUCAGAUGUUUGGGUACUCAAUGGAAGGUGAUUUGCUCCAAGCUCAAAGCAUGACCAUACAUGAAAUAAUUGAGACAAAUUAUGCAAAUGUGAGUAGUGGAUUUCCUCUUGAGAUUGAUACAAUGUUAUUCAAGUUCUUUCUAUUCAAAGUUGAAAUUACUCAAGCAAAUUUAGAUGCCAAUUGGGUUUCAUACAAUGUUAAGAGACUUGCUAAUAGUGUUGAUCUAAUUAACCAGUUUAAGUCAUUGCACGGUAUUAAGUGGAACGAUGAUGAAGUAGAAGGAGAUUCAGAUGACACUUUGUCAACUCAAAAUGCUGACAGUUUGAAGACUUUGAAUGAAGGUGCUUACUUAACCAUGAGCAAUGUUGAAGAUGAGCAAAUAAUUGAUAUUACUAAAGAUUCCCAUAUAGUUUAUGUGGAAGUAGCUCCGAGUGUCAAGCAACCCUGCAAGAUGGUAAUGAAUGAAGAUGAAAUGAGUUCAUCAGUUGUUGAGGAGUCAUAA